AUGAGUGCUCUGAAAUUAAAACCACUGGAAGAUUCGAACCUUUACAAGCGUCGUACUACGUCGAAGGAAAAUCUACUCCAGACGGUGGGAGGGCUCGGUGCCGUAAGCGAUAUGAUGCAUCGUCCCCGACCAGAGCUGGACGGGACGCGCGGGGACAGUCAGUCGCAAUCGUCACGGCUUGUGUCAGCGUGUUUGACGAACCAACAACAAACACCGCCCGCACGCUCACCGAUGCACAAUUUCGUCUCGUAUCCACAAUACCCGCAGGUGGAGAAUUAUUAUCAGCAACCGAAGUCACCGAUAAGAAUGGCAAGUGGGCCCUUUGCCACCCCUAAUACAACGAACGCGUCGCCGUUGGGUGUGCAAAAAAAUGUACAAUUCUUAACGCCUGCAUCGUCAGCACCUUCGGCGGCAAACAGAACCGUGUACGAUGGCAGUUCUGCUACACAGCAGCGUCGGCCUGCAGUGCCGUUCGAACAUCCGACCAGCGCAAGCCAUGCAGUGACGACACGUCAAGACAACGCCACCAGCAACGUUGGACAACAACAAUCGCCCGGAACGUAUCAGAAUCUGCCGACCACCGUACCGGCAACACCGACGACACCGGGCCGUAAGAUGGAAUCUUGGGAACAAUUUGGCAGGUCGAACCUGCAAACGGUCGCGGCCGGCGGCGUUACCUCUAACAACAUGUCGCUCGGCACCAUGCACUGUACGCGGUGCGAUGAAGGCUUCGAACCACACGAGCGUAUCGUCAACUCGAACGGCCAGCUGUGGCAUACGCAAUGCUUUGUGUGCGCCCAAUGCUUCCGCCAGUUCCAGGACGGUAUAUUCUACGAGUUCGAGGGUCGCAAAUACUGCGAGAAGGACUUCCACAUCCUGUUUGCGCCGUGUUGCAACAAGUGCAACAACUUUGUGAUCGGGCGCGUCAUCAAGGCGAUGGCCGCGAACUGGCACCCGCAGUGUUUUACCUGCGAACGGUGCAGCAUACCGUUGGCCGAUUCCGGCUUCAUACGCAACCAGAAUCGGGCGCUCUGCCACGAUUGCAAUCGGAAGGAGAAGGAGGUCGGGCUCGGUAAGCUCGUUUGCAACAAGUGCCAUGGUAUUAUUGAUGAUGUACCAUUACGCUUCCGAGGUGAAGUGUACCAUGGGUAUCAUUUCAACUGUACUGCUUGCGGUGCCGAGCUGGAUUCGUCGGCACGGGAGGUGAAGAAUCGCAGCGGUUAUGCGGCCAAUGACAUGAACGAGCUGUAUUGUUUGCGGUGCCAUGAUCGUAUGGGCAUUCCGAUUUGUGGUGCCUGUCGACGGCCGAUCGAGGAGCGUGUUGUGACCGCGCUGGGUAAACACUGGCACGUGGAGCACUUUGUGUGUGCCAAGUGUGAAAAACCGUUCCUUGGUCAUCGUCACUAUGAGAAGCGUGGCAUGGCCUACUGUGAAACGCACUACCAUCAGCUGUUUGGGAAUUUGUGCUUCGUCUGCAAUCAAGUCAUCGCUGGUGAUGUUUUCACCGCCCUGAACAAAGCGUGGUGCGUUCAUCACUUCUCCUGUUCGAUCUGCGACCAGAAGCUGGACCAAAAGUCCAAAUUCUUCGAGUACGACGAAAAGCCGGUGUGCAAAAAGUGUUACGAACGGUUCCCGAACGAGCUGCGCCGUCGUUUGCGCAUUUCGCAUGAAAAUACGAUCAAAAAGCCCGUCCCAUAG